AUGAGCAAACAGUCAAAACCACAACUACAGUAUCUGUACCAAGAACUGCAACAUCUGUCUCAACAAGCACAACUUCAACAAAUACCAAACUUUCUCCAACAACAUCUGCACCAAGAACUACCACAUCUGUCUCAACAACAAGCACAACUUCACCAACUACAACAAUUUCUACAACAAAACUACCAUAUCUCUGUCAACAACAGGAACUUCACCAAUUAUCAAAAUUUCUCCAACAAGUGCUAUUUCUACCCACACCACUACAUCUGCCACAGCAAGCAGUACAACAACCACUGCUUCCCCAGAAACAACCACAACAGUAAAAUCAACUACCACAGUGCUUCCGGAAGCGACAGUCUCAACAAGUACUACAGCGUCAACACCAACAACAGGUGUACUUGUAACUACCACUUUGGCUCCACCAACGACUAUAGCUUCCCCUGUGACUACCUCGUUGACAACAACCAUGACUCCAUCAGCAACAGCCAGAACUUCACCAGCAACAACCACAGCUGCACCAGGAUUAACCACAUUUACCACAACUACCACAGCCACAGCAAGAAGUAUAACAACCACAGCUGUGAAAUCAACAAUCACAGUGGUUCCAGCAACGACAGUCUCAACAAGUACUACAAUCUCAACACCCACAACACCUGCACUUGUAACCACCACUGUGUCACCCCCAACAACUAUCGCUUCCCCUGUGACUACCUCAUUAACAACAACUACGACUCCAUCAGUGACAGCCACAACUUCACCAGCAACAACCACAGCUGCACCAGGAUUGACCACACUUACCACAACAAUCACAGAUACCCCAACAACAUCAACUGCCAAAACUACAACUAUAGCAUCUGCACCAAGAACUACCACAUCUGUCUCAACAACAAGCACAAGUUCACCAACUACAACACUUUCUACAACAAGUGCCAUUGCUACCCACAUAACUACAACAGCACCAGCCAAAGCAAGCAGUACAACGACUGCUCCAGAAACAACCACAGCGGUAGAAUCAAAAACCAUAGUGCUUCCCUCAACGACAGUCUCAACAAGUUCUAUAUCCUCAAAACCAACAACACCUCAACUUGUAACCACCACUUUGGCUCCACCAACGACUAUAGCUUCCCCUGUGACUACCUCCACAACUUCACCAAUAACCAAAAUUUCUCCAACAAGUGCCAUUGUUACUCACACAACUACAACAACAUCAGCCACAGCAAGAAGUAUAACAACCACAGCUGUGAAAUCAACAAUCACAGUGGUUCCAGCAACGACAGUCUCAACAAGUACUACAGUCUCAACACCCACAACACCUGCACUUGUAACCACCACUGUGUCACCCCCAACAACUAUCGCUUCCCCUGUGACUACCUCAUUAACAACAACUACGACUCCAUCAGUGACAGCCACAACUUCACCAGCAACAACCACAGCUGCACCAGGAUUGACCACACUUACCACAACAAUCACAGAUACCCCAACAACAUCAACUGCCAAAACUACAACUAUAGCAUCUGCACCAAGAACUACCACAUCUGUCUCAACAACAAGCACAAGUUCACCAACUACAACACUUUCUACAACAAGUGCCAUUGCUACCCACAUAACUACAACAGCACCAGCCAAAGCAAGCAGUACAACGACUGCUCCAGAAACAACCACAGCGGUAGAAUCAAAAACCACAGUGCUUCCCUCAACGACAGUCUCAACAAGUUCUACAUCCUCAAAACCAACAACACCUCAACUUGUAACCACCACUUUGGCACCACCAACAACUAUAGCUUCCCCUGUGACUACCACAUUGACAACAACCAUCACUCCGUCAGUAACAGCCACAACUUCACCAGCAACAACCACAGCUGCACCAGGAUUGACCUCAUUUACAACAACGACCACAGCCACAGCAAGAAGUACAACUACAGCUGUGAAAUCAAAUGCCACGGUGAUUCCAGCAACGACAGUCUCGACAAGUACUACAGCCUCAACAUCGACAACACCUGCCCUUGUAACCACCACUUUUGCACCACCAACAACUAUAGCUUCCCCUGUGACUACCAUAUUGACAACUACCACGACUCCAUCAUUAACAGCCAUUACUACACCAAACACCACCACAGCAAGCAGUACAACAACCACUGCUUCCCCAGAAACAACCACAACAGUAAAAUCAACUACCACAGUGCUUCCGGAAGCGACAGUCUCAACAAGUACUACAGCGUCAACACCAACAACAGUAUCUGCACCAACAACUGCCACAUCUGUCUCAACAAGCACAACUUCACCAAUUACCAAAAUUUCUCCAACAAGUGCCAUUGUUACUCACACAACUACAACAACAUCAGCCACAGCAAGAAGUAUAACAACCACAGCUGUGAAAUCAAGAAUCACAGUGGUUCCAGCAACGACAGUCUCAACAAGUACUACAGUCUCAACACCCACAACACCUGCACUUGUAACCACCACUGUGUCACCCCCAACAACUAUCGCUUCCCCUGUGACUACCUCAUUAACAACAACUACGACUCCAUCAGUAACAGCCACAACUUCACCAGCAACAACCACAGCUGCACCAGGAUUGACCACACUUACCACAACAAUCACAGAUACCCCAACAACAUCAACUGCCAAAACUACAACUAUAGCAUCUGCACCAAGAACUACCACAUCUGUCUCAACAACAAGCACAAGUUCACCAACUACAACACUUUCUACAACAAGUGCCAUUGCUACCCACAUAACUACAACAGCACCAGCCAAAGCAAGCAGUACAACGAUUGCUCCAGAAACAACCACAGCGGUAGAAUCAAAAACCACAGUGCUUCCCUCAACGACAGUCUCAACAAGUUCUACAUUCUCAAAACCAACAACACCUGCACUUGCAACCACCACUUUGGCACCACCAACAACUAUAGCUUCCCCUGUGACUACCACAUUGACAACAACCAUGACUUCAUCAGUGACAGCUACAACUUCACCAGCAACAACCACAGCUGCACCAGGAUUGACCACAUUUACCACGACCACAGCUGA